AUGAUAUCAUUUGAUCCAUCCACUUCUGAAAUUCACACUCAGAAAAUGUCAGGAUUCGUCGUGCUCGCCGACGCCGAUCGUGACCAAGAGGAAGAACUGGUUUUCAACGAGGAGCGCCGCAAAACAGUGACCAUGUGA